UCCACAAUGACACUGUUUUCAUGGCCCUUCAUUUUCUCGAUCCUAGUCACCCUUUGUACGCUCCUAGUUUCUGGUGAUCAAUGUCUUGGCUCUCAGCAAUCUUUGUUGCUCCAACUGAAGAACAGCCUAGAUUUCAACAGUAAUUACUCUUCGAAGCUCGUGAAUUGGAACGAAAGUUCUGAUUGCUGUUCCUGGAAAGGCGUAACCUGCGAAGAAGAGGGUCGUGUCACACGUCUCGACUUAAGUGGCGAGGCAAUCUCCGGCGCGCUUGACAAUUCAAGCACUCUUUUCAAUCUCCAACAUCUCAGGAGCCUUGAUCUGUCUUAUAACGACUUCAACUCUACAAUCCCAUCGAGGAUUGGUAACCUCACAAAUUUACGGAAUUUGCAUCUACGCUACGCAGGCUUUGUGGGGCAAAUACCAACUGAGAUUUCCCAUCUAAGAAGCUUGGUCACUCUUGAUUUAUCCUCUGAUCUGUCAAACCUUGAGAUCCCAAAUUUGAGUGUUCUGGUUCAGAACCUGUCAAAGCUUCAAGAACUUUCUCUUGAUUAUGUGAACAUAUCAGCCCCUCGAAAUGGAUGGUGCCAAGCAUUGUCAUCCUCACAGCCUAACCUGCGAGUCUUGAGCUUAUCCAAUAGCCAUGUUCCUGGCCCACUAGAUGAGUCGCUUGUGGAGCUUCAAUCAUUGUCAGUCAUUCUUCUAGAAGGUACCAAUUUGUCUUCUCCAGUCCCAGAAUCCUUUGCGAAAUUUUCAAAUUUGACUCACUUGAAUCUUCGUGAUUGUGGGUUGCAUGGAACAUUUCCUAGCGGCAUCUUCCAGGUAUCAACACUACAAAUUCUUGACAUAUCAUCUAAUCAAUUUCUUGAGGGUACUUUACCAGAGUUUCAAAUAAAUAAUUCUCUUCAAGAAUUAUCUCUCUCUUCCACUAAGUUUUCGGGGAGGUUACCGGCAUCUCUAAGUAACCUUCGGAACUUGUCCACGUUACACCUUUCCAUGUGCCAAUUUAACGGCAAACUUCCAACUUCCAUGUCAAACCUCACCGAAGUCGCCAAUGUUGAUCUAUCUUUUAAUAAUUUUAGUGGCCUUGUCCCAUCUUUUAGUUUGUCCAUGAAACUUGUCCAGAUAGAUCUCUCUUAUAAUCAUUUAACUGCUGAGAUACCAUUAGAUCUGUUUGUACUUCCAUGGUUAGAAACGAUUCAGUUGUCCAACAACCAAUUUAGUGGCCCCAUUCCUGAGUUUAAAACGACAUCUUCUUCAUUAUUAGAGACCCUAGAUUUGAGUCACAACAAUCUAGAAGGGUUGCUUCCAACAUCAAUCUGGAAACUGAGAAAUCUAAAGUUCCUAUAUUUGUCUUACAACAAGUUCAAUGGAACCAAACAGCAGAAUAUGUUUCGAGGAUGUCCCAACCUUUAUACUCUCGACCUUUCAUAUAACAACCUGAAGUCGUUUCCUGAUUUAAAGAAUAUAUCAGGGUUGAGAGUUUUGAGUAUUUCCAAUAACCAGAUUUCAGGACAGAUUCCUAAAUGGAUUUGGAAAGUUGGGGAUGGGGGACUUAUGAAGAUAGAUCUUUCAUGUAAUUACCUAGUAUGCAUGGAGGAACCUUCUGUUUUCCCGGAAAAUCUUGUAACCCUUGACUUACACUUUAACAAGUUACAAGGAAACAUCCCUGUUCUUCCAAAAUAUCUUGCGUAUGUAGAUUUGUCUAGCAAUAAGUUAACUUCAUUUCCAUAUAACCUUUCAGAUUCUAUUUUCUUCUCCCUCUCAAACAAUAGCCUUACAGGAGUUAUACCUGAACGCAUAUGUGCCACUGGAAACAUUUUGGCUCUUGAUCUGUCGCACAACAAUUUAAGUGGUAAAAUACCAACAUGUUUAAUUGAAACUAGCGAUACGCGUGAGAUGUUGAAUUUGCGGAAGAACAACUUCGAUGGCCCAAUUCCUGAUGUGUUCCCAAGGGGAUGUACAUUAAAGGCACUAGAUCUCAAUGGAAAUUUCAUCGAAGGGAAGAUUCCAAAAUCUCUGGCCAAUUGCUCUGCAUUGGAGUUUUUGGACCUUGGGCACAAUGAACUCGUUGGCAAAUUCCCCUGCUUGUUGAAGAAUAUAUCCAACUUGCAUGUCCUUAUUCUUCGAUCAAACAAGUUGUAUGGCAGCAUUGAGUGUCCAACUGCUGAUGGAAGCUGGCCGAUGCUUCAAAUAUUUGACGCAGCUCAAAAUAAUUUUAGUGGAGAAUUACCAAGACGGUGGUUAACGAAAUUGCAGGGAAUGGCAGUUGAAAAUGGUGACUCCCAUGUCGAAGUUCUACAGUAUGAGUAUUUGAAAGGACUCUUUAUGUCUCAGUCGGUAGGGUAUGAGUAUACAGUGACAGUGACCAUAAAAGGGUUGGAGAUGGAGCUGCCGAAGAUCUUAGAUAUCUUCACUUGCAUUGAUCUUUCCCAAAACAAUUUCCAUGGACAAAUACCGGAAGAAUUAGGACAACUCCACGCACUUCAUAUCCUCAACUUGUCCCAUAAUGCUCUCACUAGUCAUAUCCCUUCUUCGAUAGGGAACUUGCGAAAUCUUGAGUCCUUGGACCUCUCGUGGAACAACCUCAGUGGAACAAUUCCAACGCAACUCCAGAGCCUCAAUUUCCUUCAAUCAUUGAACCUCUCAUUCAACCAACUGGUUGGAAUGAUUCCAACAGGCACUCAAAUUCAGACAUUCUCAGAAGAUUCCUUCAUAGGAAACAAAGGACUAUGCGGAUUCCCUUUGAAGAGUUGCUCAGACAAAGUGGCACCAAAUGCAACAAAAAACAAUCAUUCAAAUUCUGGGAGAAAGAUUGACUGGAAUUUUGUAAGUGCUGAAAUUGGACUCUUGACUGGGUUCGGAGCAGUUGUUGCACCGAUCGUGUUUUCUCGAAGAUGGAGGAUAUGGUACUACGAACGUGUUGAUGACAUCAUAUUCAAGAUCUUCCCAUUAGCUGUAUCGAGGAAGUGGUUUAUGUGGACGGAUAUUUAACCGGCAAUGGCAGUGAAGAGCAAUCGGAUCUUUCCAUUAGCUGUCUUGUUUUUUUUUUUUUUUUUUUUUUUUUUUUU